AUGCUGGAGGGAAAGAAGACCCCAUGCUCACAACAGCAGAGCUCGGCGGGCGUUGGUCACCCAAAGGCGUCCAAGAUCAACAGCACCAACCGCAACGCAUCGACCGGUAAAACCACCAACAGCAGCGCCGCCUUUGACCCUGCACGCUGCUUUGCGUUGCUAUUGGAACGUUGUCCAUCUUCACCUGCCACUGGUCCCCUAACACGCCCCCUGAUUGGAGGGCUCCCAGGGAGCCUGAUCGGCCAGCAGGCUGCCUCAUUACAGCUUGCUCAGAUCAAAGCCCAGCUUGCCCUGACACAGAUAAGCAGCGCUAUUGCUGUUGGCAGUCGAGCCAACUGUAACACCCCUGCUCCCUAUAUACCUCCGACACCUCCCUCCCCUACUGCUGCAGCCAUCAAUCUCCUUAACCUUCUGAAGGUUGCGAACACUAUGUCCCAUCCCCUAUAUAACCCCUAUGCCUUGGAAAACCAAAGAUCCUCCCAGGGACAAUAUGGUCUCUCUGGUACCCAGGCAGGGGUGGACCGUCUGGGAGUGUCUUCUCGCCUGGACCCUGGAUCUGUCCUCAGCUCUUCUGGAGCUCCCUCUGGGACUUCCAUCAGCUCUGGGGGAAGGCUCUCGUCAGUGCUGCCCCAGUCCAACUAUGGGCCUGGACAGAGCAGGUCCAUGCUCCCUGCUGAUAUAGGGAGCACUGUAGAAAUGCACAUCAGCAGAGCCAGAGAGGAGAUAAGACUCCUCAGCCAAUCAAUGCAGAGGCCGAAGCAGGCCACAGCACAGGCCUCUCACCUUGCCGGCACUUCAAGGGAGGAGACGCUCUCCUCAGGGUUGGGAAUGACUGGCUACCACAUGUCUUCACCUUCUGCUUCGCUUGGACAUUCGAUUGGACGCACGGACAAGCCAAGUGGUAGUAGCUCCUUGGACUGGUUGUCGGACUACCAGAGGACCACUACCGAUGCCUCCUCUAAUUUUUAUUCAUCGUCAUCUUUAACCUCUUCCUCUGCUCAGAACAUGCCCCUGCCCCAGACUUCCCAGCGUUCACAGUUAUUCCAGACAUCUAACUAUGCAGUCAGUAGUGAUGGCAACAGUAGUGCUUCCAGUUCAAGAAGAGGCAAUAUGCUGUCCAUUUCAGAAUUAGAUUAUCCAGAGUCCGACAAGCCUGCAACUGUUACUGAGCCUAGCCGACCCAAAUACACCUCCGAAUCUGCUGCCACCAUUCUGAGGCAGUUUGGACUCAGCAAGGAAGACUUGGAACACCUUAUCUCCUACCCUGAGGACCAGAUCACCCCCGCCAACCUGCCGUUCAUCCUACGGCAGAUUCGCAUCCAGAAGGCCAAGAGAUCUGCAGCUGCUGUUGACGACACAAUGGCCCACCAGCCUCAACAGAGUGGAGGCAUGAGCAGAUUGGAGUAUGAGGGUAGUUCUGAUGGGGCAGGGAAACGGAAGGAGGAAAUGGCAUCUGUUGGUGUUCGCCAGCUGAGUAAAGUGAUCGACUAUGGGCAUACUGGCAAAUACACUGCAGGGCUUGGGGAAGAGGUUUGUGGCAAGAGCAGUAGCAUUGGAGCCAGCAGUGGUGGGAGUGACAGUAAGAUGAUGGACACUUACUCUAGUAGCAGCCGUAGCCCAGAGUCACGGGCAGAAAAAAGGGGAUUAACAAAAUGUGACACCUUGGGUUCUUCCCACGACCCAAGGAGUGCUACCUGCAGUCUCGGCUCUUCUUGCACUUCGAUUCUGAGCUCUGUAUCUCCUCAAAGGCAAGAGCUAACCAAACAGACCCUGAGGCCAGACCAGAUCUCCCAGCGGAUCCCGGUUUCCAUCUCACUAUCGAAGAAAAAAAACAUGGACACCACAGUAUUUGAGUCUGAAGCCUCUAAGCCCAUUCCAGUAAUGGAACCAGAAGCUGACCGACAACCAGCAUCUAAAACCUACCCAACCUCCACUCUGGUCCGUGGUGUAAACCCCAACCGACCUGGCCUUGUGGUCCUUGGUAGCAAAGUUGACAGUGGAAACAAGGAUCAAAGUCCAACUCAAGCAAAACGGUUGGUUGUUGGACUUAAGGGUCAAAAGAAGAAGCAGACACACCAGCCAAAGCAGAUGCCGAAGCAGCAAACUCAGGUGCACAUGCAGUCAACGGUGUGGCCCCCAGUUUUCUCUGCAAUGAAAACAGUUCCUCCAGCUCCUCACAUCCACAGUGUCACUGAUGUUUCAUUUGGCCAACAACCUUCAGUGUUUCACCCGGGUGGUACAAUGACAGUUAGGCCUCCUGAUCCAACAAUCCCUCCCCUGAUGACCCUGAUGCCCCUGCCACCUUCCAUAAGGCAUAAUCCAGUGACGUCUACAGCUGGCAAGAACUUGCCAACGCCAUCCAUGAUGACUGACUAUACAGCGGCCACACCCAGAAUCUUUCCACAUACCUGUUCUCUGUGUAACAAAGAAUGUGCUCAGAUGAAGGAUUGGAUUGCUCACCAGAACACCAGCCUUCAUCUUGACAACUGCAAAUUCCUCCGAAAACAAUAUCCAGAUUGGAAUGGUGAGAUAGCGAAUGUGUCCAGUCCUGUAGGUAGAGAUGCCAAGCCCUCCACCUCCUUGUCUUCCCAGACUUCUCAGCAACGCAGCCAGAAAACCAGACAUGGAAGCCGUUCCCGCUCUCGAUCCAGGUCCGGGCCUCGCACACGCUCACGCUCACGUUCCCGUUCCCGUUCUCACAGCCCUCGUCGCUAUCAUGGCGCUACUUCCAGAAAGACAAGGGAGCUGUAUCGGCCCCGAUCAAGAUCACCAUACAGCUCCAGAUACUCUCGCAGGUCUCGCUCACGCUCUCGCUCCCGUUCCCGCUCCCCAAGACGUGAUCCUCACCCAUCCUCCUCCUACCGGCGCCGCUCACGAUCAAGGAGCCAUGAGAGACGCUCAUCACCAGGGAGAUCGACUGGCCACCGACAGAAGAGCAGCAGUGCUGAGAGACUGGCCAAGGAACUACUGGAAACAGGCCCAGUCAAAUCAGCUGCCCAAUCGUUGUUACACCAGACUGACCUGAAGGCCGUCGUCAUGUCGCUGGCUCCGGCCUUACUGGCCCACCUCAACAACAUGAAAUCGUCUUCGUCCUCCUCUUCCUCUUCCUCCUCCAGAGCACGAAAGCGUUCUUCAUCUCCUCCCUCCACAUCGACAAAGCGUCCUUAUUCUUCUUCUUAUUCCUCAUCUGUCUCUUCAGCAAAGAAGAAAGCUUCGAGUAAUGUGGUGGCACGAGAAGAAAAGUCGAGUUCGGGGAAGACAAGUUAUUUCACAAAGGCUACGGUGGAGUCUGGUAGGCGCUUGUCCAAAAGCACAGGCAUGGUGAAGCUGCGGGGAGUUCCUUACACUGUGUCACACAAUGAAGUUGUCUCUGCUGUGGAGCAAUUUGGCAAAACCACCACAGUGCUGCUGCUACGGAAACUGGACAGUGCAACUGUGUGUUUUGAGAGAGAGGAAGAUGCCAAGGCAAUGAGGAGCUGCAAGGACUUCAGAAUUAAAGGAUUUCCAGUCAUUAUUGUCACAGAUAAGGAGAGCAAUUCUAAGGAGCAGAAAAAGGUUUUUGAAAAGAGACUUGUCCCCACUAGUUCCAAAAUUCACACUGAGAAAUCCGCAUCCAGCACCACCAAAAAGGCUCUGCUCCCUACACCCAAAUGGCCAAUAAUCAAAAAGGUCACCAGUCAGAAAACUACUGCCAAAACUUCAACUAAAGUCCUGGGGACUGUCAGUAAAGCAAAAGUCUUGGUUACCAAAGCAAAAACCGCAAAAACAAAGCAGCCAACCAAGACACAACCUGGUAAAGUGGCUGCGAAGGGAAGGGUUACAGAAGAGAAGAGUAAAUUGACAACAGUCAAGACCAAGAACUCAACACCAACGUCCAGGGCUCCAGAAAAUCAGUCUGAUGUCACUUACUCUAAACAGAAAAUGCUUGGAAAAGCUUGCCAAAGUCCAAAACUUGGCAAAUCUGAAAACAAAGAGAAAGACAUCCCGGUGAUGUCGAAAGGUUGUGAAGACACAACCAAGGCUUCUAAAACUACAGACAUGAGAGCUACUGAAACAGCCAAGGCUUCUAAAACUACAGAUGUGAGGGCUGCUAAAACAGCCAAGGUUUCUAAAACUACAAAAGUGACAGUUGCUCAAACAGCCAAGGCUUCUAAAACUACAGAAGUGAAGGCUACUGAAACAGCCAAGGCUGCUAAAACUAUGGAUUUGACAGUUGCUGGAACAGCCAAGGCUACUGAAACAGCCAAGGAUUCUAAAACUACAAAUGUGGCAGUUGCUGAAACAGCCAAGGCUUCUAAAACUAUGAAUUUGAUAGUUGCUGAAACAGCCAAAGUUUCUAAAACGACAGACAUGAAAGCUACUGAAACAGCCAAGGCCACUGCAACUACAGACGUGAGGGCUGCUGAAACAGCCAAGGUUUCUGAAGCUACAGACAUGAGAGCUAUUGAAACAGCCAAGGAUUCUAAAAUUACAGAUGUGAGUGCUGCUGAAACAGCCAAGGACUCUAAAGCUACAGACGUGAGGGCUACUGAAACAGCUAAGGCCUCUAAAGCUACAGAUGUGAGGGCUACUGAAACAGCCAAGGCUUCUAAAACUACGGAUUUGACGGUUGCUGGAACAGCCAAGGCUUCUGCAACUGCAAUCAUGACGGUAGCUGAAACAGCCAAGGUUUCUAAAACUACAGACAUGAAAGCUACUGAAACAGCCAAGGCACCUGCAACUACAGACGUGAGGGCUGCUGAAACAGCCAAGGUUUCUAAAACUAGAGACGUGUCAGUUGCUGAAACAACCAAGGUUUCUAAAACUCAAGAUGUGAUAGUUGCUGAAUCAGCUAAGGCUUCUAAAACUACAGACAUGAAAGCUACUGAAACAGUCAAGGCUUUUGCAACUUCAGACGUGACAGAAGCUGAAACAGCCAAGGUUUCUAAAACUACAGACAUGAGGGCGCCUGAAACAGCCAAAGAUUCUAAAACUACAGAUGUGACAGCUGUUGCUAAAACAGCCAAGGCUUCUGCAACUACAGACAAGACGGUUGCUGAAGCAGCCAAGGUUUCUACAACUGCAGACGUGAUGGUUGCUGAAACAAAGCAUCAAACAGAACAUCACAAAGUUGAAUCUGAGGCUUCAAAGUCAAAGGAAGCCACACACAUGGAGGCAAAACUUGAGGAAACAGGAGUUGAGGUGGAAGAACCCAUGGAAGUAGAAAGUUUUGCAAAGGAUAAGGGGGCAAAACUGGAUACUAAAGUAGAAACUACUGAAGUUUCAGCAGAAAAAUCCAAGGAGAAACAACCCCUAACCAGCAUGACUGACCCCAAAUCAAAUGUCACUUCACCUGAGGUCCUUGCUCCUCCAUCUAAGGCCGUAGAAACUAAAGUGAAAUCUUUGGACAACAAAACUCAAAGCCCCCAAACUAUUGCCAAAAGUCCAGAAAUGUCUGGCCAAGCUGCAGCACCAGAGGCACCACAGAGCACUUUGCCAGAUUUGGACUCCACAUUCAAAGAGCUGGAGACAAAAGAGGAGUCUUUGGAAGCUAAACAGCAGGAAACAAGAACCCCAGCUAAAGCAACUGUGAAGGAAACAUCAAACGAUUCAUCUAAUAAACAGUUGGAAACAAACACAUCUCAAAAAGAUCCAUCACAUGCAGUGGAGUCGCAAGCAGAUGUCCUGCCAACCACGAAAACCUCCACAACAGUCAGCAAAGACUCUGCUGUGCCCGCCGAGUCCAAAAUUCAACCCCCAGCAGACCUGAAGAUGACACCGUUGACUGACCCAAAACUGGCAGUAUCAGCAUCCGGUCCAGUUGCAGUUACCACACCGAAACUGAAAACCCGACUUCUGCUUCUCAGACCACUAAAAUGCAUCAGUAUUCAUCAAUGGGCUGCAACUGAGUGUGAGAAACUUGUCAUGUACGGUUUGGUGAUAACUAACUUGCCGGACCGUUCCUGCUACUCUGAGGAAGACCUCAGCUCGCUGCUGACAUCGCAUGGAUUCAAGUAUCGUCAAGACAACAUCUUUAUUCUGGCUCAAGAGCGCAUGGCCUUUGUCCAGAUGUAUUCAGAGGACAUGUACCGUUUGGCAGCGUGGGCAAAUGACAAUCCUCUGAAGCUGAAAGGGUGCACGCUCAACAUACAAGUCUUAACUGAAGACAUUGUAAUGACAAUGAAUGGCUUUUAUAAAUCUCUGCUGCAUCUGAGCAUCGGGGAGGUAGACGUGGCAAAAAGGAAUCAACAUGUGGUCGCUGUCAUGAACAUCGCCAAAGGCAAAGCUGAUCACCUGGAGGCAGCACUGGCAAAAUUAGGAGGAAUCAGGAACUACCUGUUUCUCUUUAAGAAGGCGUACGUUGAGUUUGAGUCGGCAGAGGAUGCGGAUCGAAUGGGGGUUUGGUUCAGUUUCCUUCAGCCGCGUCCCGGCUACCGAAUCAUGAGGCUACAAAGUCCACAGAGCGACACGACAGCACAUGCUCCAAAACGACCUCAAGACGCCCUGCCGGAUCAUAAGGAAUGUGUUGCCAAGGCAACCGUACCGCUGCCAGGUGUUGCUGUUCCAGCUGGGAGCGUGGGGCCGUUCGGGAUCACAUUAAACGUUAAUCCCUUUAUUUUUCCCACGGCUUCUCCUUGGUUCUUCAUCCCAGAGUACAUGACGAUCACAGGACCGGAUGACAUUGAGGCAGUGAUGAAACGUUGUGCUCCUGAUUUGCCAAACGUGAUCAUGAUAACCGGUUUGCCAGAGGGAAACUAUACACAGGAGGAUGUCGCCAGGCUGGUCUGGCCAUAUUUAGCCGGGCAGAACAGUUAUACCAUGUAUUACCAUGUGAUUGUCCUGACACUGCAGAGGAGGGCCUUUGUGUUUUUCAGCAGUUGGCAGAAGUGCUGCCAAUGUGUCCAAGCUCAUAUUGAAAAACCAUUUUCUGUCCAAGGCUGUGAACUCACCCUGCACUUCCUGCUGCAGCGUGUGCGUCCCACCUGUGCAGAGGAAGUAAUGUACACAAAUCUGAUGGAAUGGAGCAACAGUCCUGUUGCGAUGUCAAGCACACUUUGCCAGAGGCUGCUGAUUUUGGAGAUGGCCAAGAUGCCGAGUGUGGAGGUCCUCAAAGACAUCAUGGAGGGAGUGUCGAAACUGGCCCUUUUCGCCAGCUGUCUGCCACUCGCCAACAGGAUAUGCUUUGAGAUGUUCAAUUGGAGGGGUUUGAAGAAGGUGAUGAAUGCAGUAAAUGUUGACCAAGAAUUUAAGAAGAGUUGGCACAAAGCGCUAAGGCCCAUACUAAAAAAAGGUGAAACUGUUUUGGCCUUUAAAGAUGGUCUGAAAAAAAAGGACAAGGUGAUGGUAAUGCUAGCGCCUGGCGAGCUCGACAACAAAGCUGACUCUUCUGCUGUCGAAAAGCAAACCAAGCCCUCUUCUGGGCUCUCUGCUUCGGAAAGUGAGAGUCCUGACACCUCCAAACAGGCUGGGGCUGCUGGAUCCAGCAUGUCCACACCCACCACAGCAGCACCGAGCACUGCUGCCGACAGCAAAUCAAAAAUCGACCCUGCUGCAGAGGAGGUUCAACAACCAGGAGGUGACAUCCACAUGGAAGUUGAUGUUGCUCCAGAUGAAGAUGCAGAGAAAGCACAAACGAAGGAGCCAGAGGAUUCAACACCUUCUUCUCUUUCUGCUGCUGCUUUGACCUCUUCUUCUGAAACGGCACAGAGUGAAAACGCUGCUUCCAGCCCCGCAGCGUCAGAGGAACCGGGCGAGCUUCCCCAGGUGAACCAGGACAAGUUAGAUGCCCCAACAACCCCGGCACCACAGAGCACUUCGUCAGAUCUGGACUCCAAAGUCAAAGAACUGGAGACAAAAGAGGAGCCUUUGGAAACUAAGCAGCAGGAAACAGGAGGCCCAGCUGAAGCAGCUGUGAAGGAAACAUCGAAAGAUUCGCUUGAUGAACAGUUGGAGACAAAUGCACCAUCGCAAGCAGUUGCCCCGACGACAGCGCAAGCAUCGACGCCUGGUCCAGUUGGUGUUACCACGGCAAAACUGAAAACCCAGGCUCUGCGACUCAGGCCCCUAAAAUGCGUCAGUUUUCAUCAGUGGUCUGCAACUGAGGCUGAGAAGCAUCACACAUUCUGUUUGGUGAUAACUAACUUGCCGGAGCGUUCCUGCUACUACGAGGAAGACCUCAGCUCGCUGCUGACACCGCAUGGAUUCAAGUAUCGUCAAGACAGCAUCUUUAUUCUGGCUCAAGAGCGCAUGGCCUUCAUCCAGAUGCAAGGACGAGAGGCGAUGUACCAGUUGAGGUCAAAAAUAAAGGUCAAGCCUCUGAAGCUGUUAGGGUGCAAGCUCAACGUACAAGUCUUAACUGAAGACAUCACAAUGACAAUGAUGGGCUUUUAUAAAUCUGUGCUGAGUCUGAGCGUUGGGGAGGUAGACGUGGCAAAAAGGAAUCAACAUGUGGUCGCUGUCACGAAUAUCGCCAGAGGCAAAGCUGAUCACCUGGAGGCAGCACUGGCAAAAUUAGGAGGAAUCAGGAACUACCUGUUUCUCUUUAAGAAGGCGUAUAUUGAGUUUGAGUCGGCAGAGGAUGUGGAUCGAAUUGGGGCUUGGUUCCGUUUGCUUCAGUCGCGUCCCGGCUACCGAAUCAUGAGGCUACAUCGUCCACAGAGCGGCACAAGAGCACGCGCUCCCAAACGACCUCAAGACGCCCUGCCCAAUCGCAAGGAAUGUGUUGCCAAGGCAACCGUACCGCUGCCAGGUGUCGCUGUUCCAGCUGGGAGCGCGGGGCCGUUUGGGAUCACAUUAAAUGUUGAUCCCUUUAUUUUUCCCAUGGCUUCUGCUUGGUUCUUCAUCCCAGAGUACAUGACGAUCACAGGACCGGAUGACAUUGAGGCCGUGUUGAAGCAUUGCACUGCUGAUUUGCCCAAUGUGAUCAUGAUAACCGGUUUGCCAGAGGGAAACUAUACACACGAGGACGUCGCCAGGCUGGUCUGGCCAUAUUUUAACCGCCAGAACAUCUACACCGUUUAUUACAGCGUGAUUGUCCUGACACUGCAGAGGAGGGCCUUUGUGUUUUUCAGCAAGUGGCAUAAAUGCUGUCAGUUUGCCCAAGAUCACUUUAAAAAACCAUUCUCUGUGCGAGGCUGUGAGCUCACCCUCCACGUCGUCCUGCGGCGUGUUGCUCCCAUGUUCAAAGAGCAAGUAGCAUACAGCAGUUUGAUGGGAUGGAGCCACAGUCCUGUUGUGAGCCCAAAGAAGCUGUACAACAACCUGCUGAUUUUGGGGAUCUCCAAGGUGCCGACUGUGGACGUCCUCAAAGAAAUCCUGGAGAUUGUGUCAAACUUGGCUCCUUUUGUCAACUGUCUGCCCCUCUCCAACAGGAUAUGUUUUGAGAUGGUCAAUUUGAAGGGUGUGAAGAAGGUGAUGAGUGCAGUGAACAUUCCUCCACAGUCUCAGAGGGCGUUGCAUCUGAAGAUUGAUGAUAAGAGGACGCUAAAUGAAUUCAUAAUGGAACAUAAGCACACAUGGCCCAUAUUGAAAAAAGCUGAAAGUAUUUUUGGCUUAAAAAAUCGUCUACAAAUAAACAACAAGGUGUGGAUAAAGCAGCUGCCCACCGAGCCUGAAAACAAAACAGACCCUCCAGCUGUCAAAACGCAAAAGACACUCUCUGCCUCACAAACCAAAAGCCCUGACGCCGCCAAACAAGGCGGGGCUGCUGGAUCCAGCAUGUCCAGUCCCACCACAGCAGGACCGAGCGCUGCUGCCGACAGCAAAUCAAGAAGCAACGCCACUGCUGAGGAUACAACGAAAGCAGAAACAAAGAAGCGUGAGGGUUCAACGCCUUCUUCUGUUUCUGCAGAAAAAACACAGAGUAAAAACACCACUCUCAGCCCCGCAGCAUCAGAGGCUCCAGGUGAGCUUCCCCAGGUGAAUGAGGACAUGUUCAAGGCCCUGACGGCUGCAGUCCGCCAGCACAAGCUCGCCCGAGAGAGCCAGGAACACAGCCGGGAGAAAGAGAGUCACAGCAGACACAGCGGAAGCUCCGGAUCCCAAAAACCCAAAGACCCACCACAGACAGAGAGUCACAGCAAAAGCAGUAGAAGCAGAACCCAGAAGUUUGAAAACCCAACACGAAGACAGAGUCGAGGAAGGGACUAUAUGGAUGACUCUAUACCAGAUUUUUGCCUUUUCGAAAGAGCUGAUUUUGACUUUUCCGAUUUUGUCACUGUGGACGAAGUUGGAGAUGAUGCAGGAGAUGCUAAAGCCUCCUUCCCCUCACCGUCGUCAUCCCACUCUGACAGUCAUGGCUCAGCCAAGACAACCUCUAUGUCAAAACAAUCUUCCAACUUGACAAUAGCAGAGGAGAGCUUGAGGUCUUCUCCCACCUCCAAACAGAGCUCAAAGGAAAAGGAUUCUCCAAAAGACCCCACCAAGAACUCAACCCCCUCUUUGUCCUCCUCAUAUUCGAACGAAGGCAAGUCUACCCAAAGCUUGUCAAAAAGCACCCCAUCCUCAUCCUUGGUGUCAUCACCUAGUAAGUUGGACAAGUCCAAGGACUUGCCUGAAGCCACAUCCACUACCACCCCAUCCACUACCACCCUUCCAUCCUCCACCAGUUCCAGUAAGGCUUCUGCCUCUUCUUCUCUACCAUCUACUGACCCCCCCUCCUCCCUACAAAAGAAAACCCCCACAGCUGUUGCUAAAUGUCCUGUGAAAACACCAUCAGCUGGUCCUGCAAACUCAGGUGUUAGGACACGAGCGUCCUCUGCUGCUACCAAAAUGCCAGCAUCAGCAGUCACAGAGGGUGUAGUAGCAAAGUCUGACCAUCAGGUGUCAGCAGAGACUACUCUAGCAAAAAGUGUCAAGUCAGAGACAAAAAUGGAUACCUCAUCAGAGAUGCAGUCAUCUCCACAGGGAGAGGAGUUAGGCGUGGCAAGCCAGACUCAGACAGGGUCGUUUCUCCUGAGGAGUGAUGCUCAGAGUCAGGGUGGCCUCUUCUCCCCUCUGGAGUCUGGUUCCAGUGAAGAAACACUCAAAAAAGACCUGAAGAAAACAUCGGAGGACAACAAAGAAGAUGGUACUGAAAAUACCAACGACGAGGAGGAGGAUGAAAGUGAAGGUUACCAGGUUCUCGAUUCACUGGAUGAUCAAGCAGGCGAGGAGAUGGACUCAAGCCAUCUUAGGGACCAAGAUGGCAGCUCUGAAAUGCAGCUAACUGAACCUCAGGACAGCCCAACUUUAAAUGAUGAAACUUACGAGGUAUUGGACAGUGUUGAUGAUGAAGGCAGGACUUGCCAAGAGGAUGACAAUGAAAUGGACAUCAAUGGUUCUUUCCAAGUGUUAGACAGUGUCAUCGAAGACAUAACAACUACGGAUCGAGAAGACAAUCAGCUAAUCAAAGAUGACAAGGACAUAGUAUUGAAACCAUCUGUGGAAGAAAUGUCGCAAACCAACAAAUCUGAUGAUAAACCUAGCAUUCAAGAAACAGUUGGUAAAGAAGAGGAGACCUCUAAAGCAGCUCAUUCCCAAGUUUUGGAUUCAGUCAGUGAACAAAGUCCAAAGGAUGGGAAGAACGGAAAGAAGAGGAAUCAAAAAGCAGAAGUGGACAAAUGCAAAACAGCUUCAAUACAGUCUUCACAAGAUACCAACAAAGCUGCCAAAGAUAAUGUAGAAAAUCAAAAUGCCCAAAUCCCUAAUAAAGAGCUUCACAGUUCAGACAUUGACACUGUCAAAACCCCAGAGUGUACCAUUCCUGAGCAGAAAACCUCCCACAUACUGGAUUCAGCUGAUGAUAAAACUGCAACAGAGGAUCACAACCAGAGACACAAGACAGGCCAAGUGCUUGAAAUGCCCAGUGGCCAGAUAGUUGUAAAAGACAUUAGACAGAUAGAAAAAGACUUUAGACAGAUAGAAGCAGAAAUGGAGGAGGAGGAAGAAACAUAUGAAGUAAUUGAUUCUGUGGAAGAUGAGCUAGUCACUACAGAUCAAGUGGAGACAGAAAAGAAGGAAAAAACAACCAAGAGGGGCGAGAGAACUGCUAGAAAAGAGGACAAACCAACAAAUAGGAGUGGAUAUUCCACCAGAUUGUCCAAAAAUGAUGAGAAAUCACCAAAGAAAGAGGUGAAAAAAUAUAAUACAAGAAGAAAGAAGAUCGACACUUCUACAGGGACUUCUGAGAAGGAGGAAGAGGUCCAAGAGGUCAUCAAGGGGUCAAUGCUUCAGGUAGUAGAUUCUGUCGAGGAGGAACCAGGUCAAGAUGCCGUGAACAACACAGCAGGUUUUAGCAGAAGAAGGAGUGCAAGACGGAACAAGGAGGAUAAUGCAACCCCGAAUCUCACAGGAGCUUUAGAAAAAAUGGACAGAGAGCAGGAGGAGGAGGAGGCCACAUAUGAGAUUUUGGAUUCAGUGGAGGAUGAAACUGUAAACGAUGACCCACCAGCUACAGAGAGAUCUGACAGUCGAAAAAGAGAAAGAACAACUAAGAUAGAUGCUAAAAAUGAGGAUAUAAAAACUCCUCAAAAAGAGGACACACCAACAAGAAAGAGGCACACUCCUGCCAGAGAUUCAGCAGAAGGAAACAGGGAAAAAACACCCAAAAUAGAGGAUAAAGUGACUAAAAAAGAGAGCACACCAACAAAGACAAGUGACAUUGUCAUAAGAAAGGUCAGCGAAGAGGAGGCAACCUAUCAGAUUUUAGAUUCUGUAGAGGACGAGACGGUUAAUGAUGAUUCCAUUAUUACACAGAGGUCUGGAGGAAGAGGGAGGACCGGAAGAGCAAAGAAAACGGUACAAAGGACUAAAAAAGGCAGCACGCCACUUAAAAAGAAUAACAACGAUGCACCUGAAGAAGCGAUUGGGGAGGAGGAGGAGGCCACCUAUCAGGUUCUCGAUUCAUUGGAGGACGAGGCGGUUGAUGAUCCAGCUCCUGCAAAACCAUCUGAGAGAGGAAGGAGGGGAAGAACAAAGAAAGAGGAUAAAAUGACUAAAAACACUGACAAACAAACACAGAGCAGUGACUCUCUAGCAGCAUCGACCAAAAACAAGGAAGAAGAGGAGGAGCCAGUGUAUCAGGUUGUAGAUGCUGUGGAAGAAGAUAAAGUUCAUGUCCAAGACCUGGCUACAACAGAAGGGUCUGACAGAAGAAGGAAGGAACGAAAAAAGACAGAGGAUAAAAUCAGUGAAAAAAAGGACACACCAACAAAAACAAGCAAUACCACGAUGGGAGCAUCAGAAAAAAUUGUUGUCAAGGAUGAGGCCCUUUACGAGGUAGUUGAUUCUGUGGAGGAAGACCCAACACCCGAAGAAGAAUCUGGGAGGGGAAGGAAGGAAAGAACGCCCAAAAAAGAGGCUAAGAAAGAGGACAAACUGCCACAGAAGUCCCAGUCAAAUCUCUCACCGUUGGAAAGUGAAAAGAAAGAUAAAUCACACAAGAAAGGUGAGAGAACAGAAGAAAAGCAGACGACAGCCAUGAGUCUUGUGAACCUGGAUGAAGUCAGCGAGGAAGAGGAGGAUUACCCAGACGACACAGCCAAGGAGGAGGAGCUGAGGAAGAGGCAAGCUGCCGCGAAGGAGAAACAGCUUGCCAUUGAGCGGGAGAGGGAGGAGAGGAGGACAAAAGAGAAAGAAGAGAGGGAGAGGGAACGCAGGAGCAGCAGCAGUAGUAGCCGGAGCAGCAGCAGACGGGGGAGGAGAAGGGUGAAGGAGAGAGGGAGAGAAAAGGAGGAGGAGGAGGAGGAGGAGAAGGUGGGAGUGGACCCCAAAGAGCUGGUGACUCUGGAUGAGGUGGGAGCAGAUGAGGCUGAGGAUGAGGUGGGAGGAGCACCGAGGAGUCAAGAGAUGGAUGGAGGGAUCACGGAAGGAGAGCUGCAGGCGCUUUUCACUCUGGAUGAGAUUGUUGGAGAGGAGGAGGAGCCAACCCUGCCGGAGCCCCUCCCACCCAGCCAGGAGGACGAAUCAGGAGAUUUCUUCAACCCAGAGACUUUGGUGACUCUGGAUGAAGCAGGCUCUGAUGAGGAAGAGAAGAAAGAGGAGCAAGCUGAGAAGACCUCCAGCGUUGUUAAACGCAAACGUAACAUGGACGACACAGAGGAGAGCAUGAAUUUUCUUACAGUGGAUGAGGUGGGAGCAGAGGAGGAGGAGGAGGAGAAGAGGGAGGAGGAGGAAGAGAAGGUGGUAACAACCAGGACAAGAGGCCGGGCCAAGAAGAGAAUGAGACAGACCCCUGUGCGAAAAUCUACCAGAGGAAAACAAGCAAGCGCAAAAGAGGAGAAAGAGGAAGAGAGGACACCUCCCACCACUGAUGUAUCCCCUCCUGAUUCAUUUGACACCUCCUCCUCAUUGGUCAAAGAGGAGCAGGUGUCAUCAGGUGACGGCCAGCCAGAGCUGCUGAAGACAGAGGCCGAGGAGGGAGCGACUCAGUCCAGCCUCGGUGACUCGUCUGCCGGGCAGGAGCUGCAGCCUCGGCCCUCUGAGAGCCACAGGGAGGAGGACAGCGUUGAGAUUGGAGAGGAGUUGAAGAAGGAGGAGGAGGCACAGAGCAGAGCUGCCAUCAAAGUUUUCAGUAAACGGAGGAGGGAGGUUGUUGAACAACAAGCAAAACGAUCUCGUUCUCAGUCUCCAUCUGUCCCUGCUGACUUCAAACUGCCGCCAUUCAGACCUAACAACCCUCUCGGUUUGGAGUUUGUGGUUCCUAAAAGAGGGUUUUUCUGUAACCUGUGCUCUGUCUUCUACUUCAACGAGAGCAGUGCCAAGGAAUCUCACUGCAGCAGCCAGAGACACUAUGACAACAUGCAGAAAUAUUACCAGAAGCUCCAGGAAGAGCAGUCAAGACGCUGAAGAGGACGUUCUGCUCCAGGCCUCUCCUCUGAUUGAUCUUCACUCUGCCCGCUAAGUUUUCUUUAGUUGGGGAUUGUUAAUGUUUUUUCUUCUGUUUUGAGUAGAAAAUGUGAAAAAAGUGCACACUGCCCACACGCCGGCAGUGAUGGUGCCUUGCUCUGCUGCUUCAGGUGUUUCACCAUCCAACAAGUGAUGGGUGAGGUCAGGAUCGGGUUGUUUGGCCAGUCGACUCCGUAAAGUUGCCUCUAAUCUGCAUUUUCCAGCAGGCGGGAUUUUGGCAGGAAAUCUGAUGUGUUGCUUUACGGCACAGAGCAGGAAGAGGGCGCCGUUCUUCCUGAGGAAAAAGGAGCUAAAGCUUUCAGAGUGUCUGGAAGCUUCUGGCAGGUUGAUGGAAAAGUCAGUUCCAACAUGUUGAUGGGGGAGGGGAGAUGAGAAGCAACAGGAAAUGUGGUUUUAUAUGGAUGAAGUGCACCACUGACAGUAUGACUGGUGUGAGAUAGAGGCUGCCAGUCGCCUUGCUCCUAUCAAUUUGCAGUAAUUAUACCAAGGUACCAGAAUUAAUUACACAAAAUGUUACACACCCCGCCUUUUAAAGGAUUAAGUGUUUCUCUUAUUGUGAAAGCCCAUUUAUCACUUUGUUUUUAAAGAUGUUUGAAGUGUUUAAAGUGUAAGAGAUCGAAGAUGUAAAUGAGUUUUUCUAAAUCAAACCACCCAGCAGAACUCGUUCUGGUGUCUUACGGUUGCUGUUGCGUAGGUUCUCCAUUUUCUAUCCAUUUUCUGGCUACGAUGCAAAUUAUUUGCCUUAUUAAAAGCCAUGCUAGCGUAGAUUUCUGUUGUAUUAAUGGGACGGUACAGUUUUUGUUUGUUUUUCAGCAAAGUAAAAGAGGAUGGGCAUCAGUGAGAGUUGAACUCCAGGGUUUUCCUCUCGACAGUGUUGUUCUCGUACAUUUUCAGGAAAACAUCCACAGUCAUUAAUCUUAAUAUCUUAAAGUUGUUGGCAGUAACAAAUUCUGUUUCUUUGUUUUUCUUCUUGUCUUUUCUUUUUGCAAAAUUACACAAGUUUCUUAAUUUCUUAAUUUUAGUAGUUAACACUCACUGUGGCCUCUUUGUUUCAGUUGACUUUCACUCACUUUCCAUUUGACUGUAAACAAGUUUAUUCUGCCUUUUUUUUUUUUUUUUUUUUUUUUUUUUUAAAUGGAGGGUCCGACGUGAUGACCUGUUCAUGCCAUACAGUUUGCUGAAUAUUAAUCAAUAUGUAAUUAUAGUGUGUGCAUAAUAGAAUAAAUUCAGAUUUUGGUAAAAAUGUGUUUUUAUGAAAGCGUUUGGGGGAGUUUAGUUUUUAUCUCAGAUGGAGCAGUGGCCCGUCGUCCCAAACACAAACUCAGACGAGAGCGACGCAAGUGACUCACAGUGCAGCGUGCAGACACUCCUCGCCCCCUGCUGGUCAUAAUGGGCACAACUCAUUUAUCGUGCUGUGACUGUGGAGGACGCUACAUUAAAUGGGCUCUUAUUUUCUUGAGUUUAUGUAUUUCCUGUUGAGGGAGGGAUCAUUCACCAUUCAAACCAGCAGGAUCUCAGUUUGGGAGAGAAAACAGUUUUAUCUGAAGGGAGAAGAAAAUGAGAGGGGAUGUUUGAAGAUUUAUGAAGGUUUUAUUGGUUGACAUUUCAAUUCACACCCACUUCAGGAUGACGUCAGUGUUUAAGAUGCUCUGUUUCACAGGUCAUGUGAGGUCAUUUCAUGAGCACUUUAAGACUUUAACUUACCAGCUUUUUGUCAUCCAUCUACGCUUAUUUGUAAAUCUUAAACGUUACUGAAAAAAUAUACAGAUGAUUUCAUUAAAAAACAAAAAAAAACUUGUUGAAUAAA